GUUGUAAUUAAGAGGUUGAUCUAUGACGACCCGUUCCUAAUGCAUACAUAGAGUGAAUAAUUCAUGACAAGUGUCUAGCUAGCUGGAGAAGAGAUGAAGAUGCCUUCUAUCCUAAUAUAUGUGUGGCUGAUAGCCUGUGGAAAUGUCAGUGGCCAUUCUACUAAAGAUCCAGAUGUGGCAGUCCAUUCCGAGUCCUCCGAGAAGCUACGAGAAGCCAAUAGUCACUCAAACUCAGCAUACAAUGAUCCAUUUCCAGACAGGCCGAUACAGCUGCUGCGACCAGACCCAACGCAUCAUAGAAAACUAGAAGUAGUUGAGAGGAAUGUUCAGUACCUGCAUCGCAUCGAUACGGCUGUGGCUGUGGUUGCGGUGGUGGGGAAGUUUCACUCAGGCAAGAGUUUCCUGCUCAACCAGCUCAUGGGGAAAACCGACGGGUUCGGUGUUGGUCCCUCAGUGCGGCCUCAGACCAUGGGCAUCUGGAUGUGGGGCAAGCCCAAAGUGAUUAGCCACUCUGGCAAACCACUGUCAGUUAUUUUCUUGGAUACUGAAGGUUUUGCUGCCAGCAAUAUUUCAGAGUCCUACGAUGCUAAGAUCUUCUCUGUAGCUACAUUGUUAAGCUCUUACUUGCUCUACAACUCUGUCAAGAUCAUUGACCAAGGAGACAUUGACUACCUGGAACUAUUGGCAAGAAGAACACAGUUGUUUGCACUGAGGUCUCAAGUGACAAAGGCUCACUGGUUUGAGGAGUUCAACAGAGACCUUCUGGUCUUCCCUCCUUUGAUUUGGGUUGUACAGGACUUUGUGCAAGCCACAGAGGAUGAGGAAACUACAAAAGAAUGGCUGCAUAGGAUUAUGGAAACUAGCAGCAGAGAAUCUAGUGAUUAUGACAUCAAUUUAUUGGGCAUCUUUGACACUGUGGAUUGUCACACACUCUUCUUACCUGCUACUAAAAAACAUCUGCUUCAAAACUUAUCUAGGGCCGCCGAAGACGAUCUCACACCAGAGUACAAAGAGGAGAGAGACUCCCUUAUUGACAGGAUAACGUCUGGCUUGGUUCCCAAAGAAAAAAACGGACGGCCUAUUACUGGACCUGAGAUUGCUACUCUGCUUGAGGUACUGGUGAAUGCUGCUAACGAAGGCUCUGUGGCCGAGAUUCCCGGGAGAUGGGCGGUGUUUAUUGAUCAACUCAAGGUCAGCUCUCUCGAGGAUUGUUUAACUUAUUACGAAUCAGACAUGGCAGUUAUAAUUCGCCAGCAUAGAAACGAUGCUAUCAACGGGACAGCACUGUAUGAGUGGCACUUGAACUCGAUGAUAAAGGCGAAAGAUUUGCUGACUCAGCUCCUCCUUGGUCUCGAGGAUGCCCUGAGGGAAGCAGUGGAGGCACUAAAGAAGAGCAUGGAGGAGCAGUACGAGAAGACGAGGGACCUCAAUGACAAGAAGAUACAGCUCAGGUGCAGCGAGGUACAGAGGAAGAUUGAGAUUAAUAGUGAGGGUGACCUUCAGGACAUACUGUUUCCCAUGACAACGACGAAGCUACAAGCAGUACAUGACGGAGUGCGGGAGAAAGCAAUAGAGAACUAUCAUGCGACAGUUGGCUACCUCAGUGAUGAAUCAGCCUUUGACAGACAGUUGGAACAGUUGAAGUCUGGUCUCAAUCACAUUUUCGAUGGUGUUAUCUUGAAAAACAACGCGGCAAUGGAAGAGCUACUAAAAGACGCUAUUGAGAAAGCUAUCCGGAAGUUCAAAGAGUCAGCUAAGAACGUGCACAAUAUCCCCCGGACCUCCAGUUCUCUAGUCUCAGUGGUGGAGGAGGCCAUGACCCUGUCUAAGAAGGUGUUUGAAGCAGAGAGUGAAAUUGCUCAUGAGGAGUCUCUGUACAAGCCGUAUCUUGGUCUGCUGCAGACUAGUCUGAGUGAGGAAGCAGAGGUGUGUAGCAGUGAGAACCUUCAGCUCAUCAGAGCCUCCUGUCGAUCUCAGGCGUUGGAAGUCGUUGGUAUCUUCAAGGACAACACUGGACCAAGGAAGAUGGUACUACCCCUCAACGAUACAGCUCUUCUGUCAAGACUAGACAAAGAAAAAGAAGCAGCUUUCAAAAACUACGCUGAAACACAGGCUUCUUUUGGGGACACAGCAGCUUAUAUGGAGAUCAAAACAAUUUUAGCGAGUCAACUAGAGGAAAUAUGCACUCAACGGAAAGACGAGAACUAUAAAGCAUACAUCAAAGAGGUUGAGGUCCCGCUGGCCACUGCUAAGAAGUUAAUUAAACUGUCAGCUGACAAGUACGAUACUGUGUUUUCAACUAAGCAGUAUAUGAUAAAGGUGUGUAUGCUCAAUUUGGACGAGGGAAAAGCCAAACACUGGCAAGAAUCGCUUAAGCUAAAAAUUGCUGAGAAGUUUAUUGAAGGAUCUCAAGAGCUCCAGAAUAUCAUUGAGUCCAAGAGAUGGUGGUGGUCGACUGUGAAAGGAUUCGUUCAAUGGGUGGCCUGGCUGUUCACUGGCUGAGAGAAUUGAACACUUAAUCAUAACCACUUGUACGUUAAUUUGUUCGUGUUGCUGCUUAUUAUUUAUUCUCAUAGAAUCAUAAAUUUCCAGUCAUUGAAGCAUUUGAACGGC